AUGUUUUUAUUUUCCAAAUUUUUGCUACAAAGAAAACCAUUAAUAGCACCCUUAUCGAAAUGUUUAUCAUCAACAGAAGUUUUUGAAUCGAUUCCUGCAAAGAAUCAGGAUGGGUUUCACGAAGCCAUACAAAAUUUUAAAAAAUCCAACAAAGAGCCAAAUCAUUACAUAGAUUUUAUUUACGCCGCAUUAAAUAACAUGGACAAAUUCAAAGUAUCCAGAAAAUUGGAAGCUUACAAAUCUUUGAUUGAAAUAUUGCCAAAAGGUAAAUAUUUGCCUGAAAAUAUAAUUCAAGCCGAAUUCAUGCAUUAUCCGAGACAACAAGAAUGCAUUUUGGAUGUUCUGGAGCAAAUGGAGCUGAAUGGGGUCAUUCCAGAUAAAGAAACAGGGGUUAUAUUGAGGGAGGUAUUCGGACAAUAUGGUUUUCCUUUAAGAAAAUACCAUAGAAUGUUAUAUUGGAUGCCGAAGUUUCAAAAAAUAUCCCCAUGGCCUUUACCUAAUGAACUCCCUGACAACGAGCUAGACUUAGCUAAACUUGCUUUAAACAGAGUAUCGAAUGUAGAUGGGAAGAGUAAGAUAACUGAAUAUAAAGUCGUGGAGAUUGGUAAAGACAAAACAUCUUGGAUAGUAAGCAGUCAGAGUUGCUUGCAAAAAAAGUUGCUUAAUGGGUAUAAUGAAAAUGUUUACAUUACGGGACCGCAUAGAACUCGUUUGAGGGAGAAGGUGGUGGAGUACUUUAUCCUUAAAGGAGUACCCAAUAAGGAUGUAAAAGGACCCAGUUAUCCUUUUAAGGACGACCCGGAAGGAUCAGUGCAUGUUCAAGAAGAUGGGACCAUUUUUGCAACAUGCUCCAUUGGGAAUCCAACAAAAGAAUCAUUGUUAUCAUGGGUGAAGCUGCUUGAACAAGAUGGCAAUCCAAGGUUAGAGACGACCGAAAUACUUUUUGUUGUAUGGAUGAAAAUUUGA